AUGUACGUCACAUCGCGAUCGCUACGGGCCAUUGCUUGGUCAGCCUUUGCAGUAUAUACAGCACGGGCCGACCAUGUCAUGGAGAAUCUCAGUUUCGGGUACAAAGCAGGCGAAUCUAUUACACCUGAUCACCACUCGGUUCCUCACUUCGUCGUCCAAGGCACAGACGACUAUACACCCCAGAUACUCUCGGAUCGCAUUAUUCUUACACCUCCAUACCCUGGCAACAGGCGCGGUUCAAUAUGGGCUCAGGACGCGUUGUAUCACAAAGGCGACUGGACUGCAGAAUUAGACUUUAGGGCAACGGGAAUGGAGCGUGGAGGUGGAAAUCUGCAGUUUUGGUAUGUGAGGGAUUCACAGGCACACGAGACACCUGCAAGCUUGUAUACUUCGCCCAAGUUUGAUGGUCUGGUAUUGCUCAUAGACCAGUAUGAAGGUCAUGGAGGAUCUAUCCGUGGUUUUCUUAACGACGGAACAAAGGACAUCAAGUCCCAUCCAGACCCAGACACACUGGCUUUUGGCAAAUGCGACUAUGCAUACAGGAACCGUGGCGAACUCACACCAAUCAAGAUGCAUCAUGCACAAGGCUUCCUUGAAGUUAUCGUUGACGGGCAACUCUGCUUCAAAACAGACAAGGUCGAACUCCCUGAAGGCUAUUACUUUGGAAUCAGCGCCUCAUCCGCCGAGAGCCCAGACUCAUUCGAAAUUCACAAAUUCGUCGUAUCCACCAUCAACUCGCACAUCACCAAUCCGCCCAGCCCAAACAAGAAGGAUUACGCAAACUACGUAAACUCGCAGCAACAGAAACAGAACCAACAACAGCAGCAAGCCAGGGGCACGUCAGAAAAUGGCUUCCCCCAGGUGAUCGACGACGUAUCCGCAGACACCAUCCGCGCCCAGCAAGAGCAAUUCGCCGAUCUUCACAACCGCGUCCAAAUGGUCGACCACCACCUCGCAACCCUCCUCCACCGCGUAUACGAAGUCAAGCAAGCCGUUGAUACACUCACCGAAGAAAACAACGAGCGCUGGAAAGACAUAACUGAGCGCGUGCAUUCAAUCGACGCGCGGGGCUCCGGUACCAUGCACAACGUCGAAAAGGUGGAACGCGCCACGGCGCAGAUCCUGCGUGAUUUGGAGUCCAAGGAUUUCAAGGAAAUGAUGAAUCAGAUUCAUCGGGCGCUCGAGAGGAACCAGGAUGGCGUUAUUCAGGUUUUGCCGCAUUUGAUGGGUGCUGCUAUUACCAGCAAAGGUCCUAGCGUGACGACCUUUUUGUUCAUCGCCGUCGCUGUCCAACUCACGAUUACCGGCGGGUACAUGCUUUACAAGAGGAGGAGAGACUCAGCGCCAAAGAAGUACCUGUAG